AUGUGGCAAUCUUUGGAUCAGCUUCAGACACUUAGCUCAUAUUACGCCAGAGCUACACAGCAUUCCUUCCAAACAUCUUACUUGGGCCAUACCAGUGAGUUUGUCAUUGAAAAGAGCCCCAACCAGUUGACGGGAUCGUCAAAAAGAUUCGAGACAAGAGGCAGCACAAGCUGCAAGUCUGUGGAUGGUGCUAAGAGAGCUUGUUAUCCAAGACCACUACAAGGAGUAUCCACACUAUUAGAAUUACGUAAAGAGACUUUAGAAUACUUUGAUGAUAUUGGAGAGCAACGCUUGCUGAAGGAGAAGAGAAAAGAUGAAGAUACUCUCUUGAAAAGGCGCGAGUUCAUAGUAUGUCAUGCAAAUAUUAUUAAGGGUGGACAAUAA